CUUAUCAAGUGCUAGAAAUCCUGAGCAAGUAAUUUCUUUGAGCAAACUAGCAACAAAAAAGACUAAGAAUGAGGAACUUCCCAGUUCUAAUAUUGAUAAAACAAACUUUGGUGUAAAAUUAUCUAAAGGUGGAGAUCGAUCAGAAUCAAAAACUAUAAAUUAUUCUAUCUUAUCAAUACCAGGAAGUGAUGUGCAAGCUAGAAUGAAAAUUUUGCGAGAAUAUAAAAAACAGCUUCAAGCUAAAUCUUGA